AUGUCAGCACAAAGCCAUCAUCAAGAUGAAAAACAACAAGAACAACACGUUUGGUAUUGUUCAUACGGAUCAAAUUGCAAUCUUGAUCGAUUUAAUGUCUAUCUAUGCGGAGGCAAACCACAAGGAAGUGGAUCUAAUGCUCCUAGUAUUAGUGGAGCAAGAGUUUCAUCUCCUCCAUUGAGUUCGGAAGGAAUAUUAUUAAAGAAUUAUGAAAUGAUAUUCUCUCGGGUGUCGAGAACAUGGCACGGAGGAGGUGUCUGUUUUAUUAGGAAGAAUCAGAAGGGAAAUUCUUUUGAAAUUUAUAAUCACAAAGAACAUUCAAGCCUUUUCGAUGGUGCUAAUAAUACUCAUCAAGAAUUCAACAAUCUAGUACUCGGAAGGAUACACAAAAUAUUAUAUUCACAAUUUGUGGAUGUUGUUUCACAGGAGAAUGGACAUGUGGAGUGUCAUAGUAAGGGAGGAAAUGCUGUUCAACAAAAAUUGGAUAAUCAAUUCAAUGAAAUUGUAGGAAAAUGUUUGGAGCAGGAAGAGAAAACAGGAGUUGCAGAAUACAAACUAUUUAAUACUUGGUAUGGGAAUAUAGUACUUGUAGGUAUCCAUCCAGUGGAUGGAUGUCCAAUUAUUUCAUUCACAACAAGUUGCUUUUCAGAUGAGAUUGUAAAUAAGGCGCACGUAUCCUAUCUGAAAACUGUUGGCUCAGGUAUUAUGGAAUGUUUCAAUUUGAAUAUAGCCCAAUGUGCAAACUAUUUCCUUUCCAAGGAAGGUGUUAAGGGGUUUUACACACAAGAAGAAUUGGCCAAUAGUUUGAAUAAAUAAGAGAGGGUGAACGGUUUAUUACAGAA